GGUAUCCUUUGUCAGCGGCGUCGCACGAUGACGCCGGAAGAGAAGUGCAAGAUGGCCGUCGGAGCUGUGAAGAUUGAAGCAGAUGCUUAUAUGGUUUGUUUGACUCACGCUCUAUCGACUGAAAGGGAAGAAGUUAUGGGCUUGUUAAUUGGAGAGGUUGAGGAUGAGAGAGUAGCUCAUAUUUAUUCAGUUAUCAUGCUUCAGAGACUGGACAAGCGGAAGGAUCGGGUGGAGAUUUCUCCAGAACAAUUGUCAGAUGCCUCAACACAGGCAGAGAGGCUUGGUAUGUUGACGUCAAAACAGCGACCAAUGAGGGUGAUUGGUUGGUAUCAUUCUCAUCCUCACAUUACUGUUUGGCCAUCACAUGUUGACCUACGGACUCAGGCUUCUUACCAAUUUAUGGAUGCAGGAUUUGUUGGCCUUAUCUUCUCUUGUUUCAACACCGAUACAAAUUUGGGUGGCCAUUUAAAAGUUUAUUGUUUUCAGUCAGUGAACAUCAAGCCUGAGGGGAGUCCUCCACAAUAUCAGCGAGCUGACAUUGAGCUUCAAAUAGUUCAUACAGAGGUUUUGUCAAAGGCUACUUUAAACAGCUUGUCAGAACUGCCACAAAUACUAUCAAAGGAAGAAGAAGAGGCAUACAGUAAAACUUUGAACUCUAAGGAUUUAUUAACAGCAGUUCAUAAUAGUACAGUUUUUACCAAGGCUUUGUGUCAGCUCAUGGAGGUUAUGUGUGGACCUCUUCUUCAAACUCUGGAGAACAGAUUACAGGUGAAUCUCAAAAGAACAGCUGCGCUGGAAACCGAGAAAGAGAUGUUGGAGAAAGAGAUAAACAGUGUGAAGGCGGAAUUACAGGGAUCAAUGUGAGAGAGAGAGACAGCUGAGCUAUUUAUAACAAAGAUUAUAAAUGAAAAUAAGCUUAAAGAGAACUCGGUCACUUCAGAAAGACUGAGAUGCGAGAUAGGGUAAAGAUAUGGCGAAUGUCUUCUUGUGGAGAAAUAAAAAUAUCCCCCUUCCUUUUA